AUGCGCUUCGAUACUAGUGCUGCGGUGCUGCUUCUGCCGCUUAUCGCAGCCGAUGUGUCGAUCUGCUCGUCACCGGCGUUCACCGCAGUGCCGUCUGUCGCGCUCUCGCCCUCCAUCUCCUUGCGCAGUCUCGUUGUCGGUGACAGCGCGUGCUUUGAGGUGACGACGUCGGCCGCCAGCGCGCAAUGGGUCGCGCUCGGGUUUGCAGCCUCGGCCAAGAUGGUCAACUCGCCCGUCUCGAACGCAGCUGUGCUCCUGUCGUCCAGUGUGCCACCCGUCGUACAAGUGUACGACCUGCGUGACUAUGUCCCGUCGCAAGUCGUGCUGCAAUCGAACCAGUCGUCGAUCACCGUCGCCCGCACGCUCGUGACCAAGGACCAAGCCUCGUUCACGUUUCAGCGGACUCUGGCUGCGGCAACGGCGACCGACGUCGCGCUUGGGACCACCGACCCCGUGACCGUUCUCUGGGCGCACGGCGACGUGGGCUUCCCAUCGUACCACACGGCUCGUGGGGCUGCCCGCGUGCAGCUGACCACGUCGACGGCGGCGACAAGUGUGUUUGCCGCUGCCUCAACAUUUGUGACCACGCGCACGACCAUCAUCGUAGCGAUUGGCUGUGCUCUCGUCAUGCUCUCCGGGCUCUUGGUCACGUACGUUGCGCGGUUGAAGAAACUUCCGCUCAAGACACUGUUACCACCGCCGUCUUCGCUCCACGCGUGGGGUGCGCACCUUUGGCAGCCGUUCGCAGACUUGCAUGUCGGGUCGCUUGUCGUCUUGAGCAUCUACGCAGCGACCCUCGUCGUCGUCGUCGUAUCGCUCCAGCGUGAGUUUGCUGGUGCAAGCGCGGACCGCAUCGCGUCGCUUGUGACGGGCCAUUUCGCGCUCGUGCACCUGAUGUUGCUGCUGCUGCCCGUUGCGCGCGGCCAGCACUGGACGCUCAUCUUUGGCAUUGGGCCGGAGCGAGCGCUGCUGUUUCACCGCAUGCUCGGACGCCUUGUCGUGCUCCUUAGCAUCGUGCAUUUGAUCCUCAACGCCCGCAACGUUCGCGUGACCUCGUCGACGCCGUACGGGACGCAGCAAGUGGUGCCGCUCUACGGCUUUGUCGCGUUCCUCGCACUCACAUCGCUCGGCCUUGUCGCGCUUUGGGCCAUUCGACGCCAUUGCUACGAGGUGUUUCUCUACUACCACCGCGUCGCUGCGGUCGUCGGCAUCCUCUUCAGCAUGCUGCACAGCCACACGGUCGCGAUCGGCAUGGCCUUUCCGCUCAUCAUUUACGGUCUCAGCGGCCUCUAUCGUCUUGGCGCGUACCGCCAGUGCUUUGACGCUACCGCGCGCGUCACUGGCCCUUCGACGGUGACGCUCUCGCUGCCAUCAACGCCGCAGACCAUGCACUGGGCGACGCGCAUGAGCCCCGGCUCGUUUUUCUACGUCAACGUUCCGUCCAUUUCGCGGCUCGAGUGGCACCCGUACUCGGCGGUGGCGACACCUACAAGCGACACGAUCGGCUUUUGCAUCAAGGCCCCCCACGCAAAUUCGUUUGGCCACAAGGUGUACACGGCCGCUAUGGAGAAUGCGUCGCUGGCCGUGUACGUGGGCGGGCCAUACGGCCGCUUCACCGUCGACCUCGCUUCGUACGAGCACGCAAUUCUCAUCUGCGGUGGUAUCGGCAUCACACCAAUGCUAAACGUGCUCAAUCAGUCGCGCAGCGGCUCUGCCAAUACGCGCUUGGAGCUGCACUGGGUCGUCCGCGAUCCGGCCGAGCUCUUGAGCGCCGAUGAUCUCAUGUUCCCACUCGCAGCACACAACGUGGUAGCCAAGUUUUACUGCUCGACGACCGCCAACGACGCGCCGGGUGUCGUAUGCAGCAGUUCAGGGGAGACGGUCCACUAUACCUGCGGCAAGCCGGUGCUCGACGAGAUCAUCAACAGCCAGCGCUUUCUCACGCCUCAAUCGUCCGUGUGUGUCGUUGCCUGCGGUCCGCCGGGCCUCGUCGCCAGUGCGCAGCAUUACGCAUAUGCGAUUGGCCUCGACUUUCACAAGGAGGUCUUCGAGUUCUAAGAUGCAACUGCUUUUAUAUCCCAAGGACCUCAACAUCCUCUACAUGAAUAUACCUCUAUCUGCUUGCC